AUGAAUCCCGCUCCAUCUGAACAAGAAACCAGACGCUGUGCCGCGCCAGAUUGCGGCAAGGAGACGAAUUCGAACCUGAAGUGUCCGAUCUGUUUAAAAGCCGGACUCACCAUGUAUUUCUGCAAUUCAGGAUGCUACAGAAGAAGUUUCCACAUCCACAAAGCUAUUCAUCCUAAAGAGGGUGUCGAUGUGUACGAUCCGUUUCCCAACUUUGAGUACACGGGCCCUCUGAGACCCGCCUAUCCUCUAUCGCCGCCAAGAGGAAUCCCAGACAAGAUUCAAAAACCAGACUACGCCCAGAAUGGAAAGCCCCUUAGCGAGAUCAAGAACGACAAGACAAACCAGAUCCGGGUGCUCAACGAGGAUGAGAUCCGACAGAUGCGUAUAGUCAACCAGUUGGGCAGAGAGGUUCUGGACGCAGCAGCCGCCCAUAUUCGGCCUGGAAUCACCACAGACGAGAUUGACCGUAUUGUCCACGAGGAAACGCUCAAGAGAAGAGCUUAUCCGUCGCCAUACAACUACUACAACUAUCCGAAAUCAGUGUGCACGUCUGUGAACGAGGUCAUUUGUCACGGCAUCCCCGACAAGAGACCGUUGGAGGACGGCGACAUCGUGAACCUUGACAUUUCUAUCUACAAGAAUGGCUUCCAUGCCGAUCUGAACGAGACGUACUACGUUGGAGAAAAAGCCAGGACGAACCCGGAGCUUGUGAAUUUGGUCGAGACCACCAGAGAGUGUCUGGACAAGGCGAUUGCUCUGGUUAAGCCUGGACUGCCGUUCAGACAGAUCGGCAACGUGAUAGAGGAGCAUGCUACCAAGCACGGUCUUUCGGUGGUGAGAACGUACUGUGGCCACGGAAUCAACACUCUGUUCCACUGCCAGCCCGACGUGCUGCACUACGCCAAGAACAAGGGUGUCGGCACUUGCAAGAAGGGAAUAACAUUCACCAUAGAGCCGAUGAUCAACAUGGGCACUUAUAGAGACAUCAUGUGGCCGGACAACUGGACCGCCGCGACCGCGGACGGAAAACCAAGCGCGCAAUUUGAACACACGCUGCUGGUCACCGAGGACGGCGUAGAGGUUCUGACCGCUCGCACAAAAAAGUCUCCUGGUGGCCCCGUCCCCAGAAUAUAG